AUGUCAAAUAAUUUCUGCAGGGCAGCUGAUUGGAAGCUCGAUGCUCCGGACUGGUCAGGUCGAAUGAGGAUCACAGCCAAGGGCAAAGCGGCCUACGUUAAACUGGAGGACAAAAUCUCAGGGGAGCUGUUUGCCCAGGCGCCAGUGAAGGAGUAUCCUGGUAUAGCAGUGGAAACCGUCAGCGACUCCAGCCGCUACUUUGUCCUGCGGAUACAGGAUGACAACGGUCGCAGUGCUUUCAUAGGAGUUGGUUUUGGUGACCGAGGGGAUGCUUUUGACUUCAACGUGGCUUUGCAGGAUCAUUUCAAAUGGGUGAAACAAGAGACCGAACUCAGUAAAAAUGCCCAGCUUGGGGAUUCAGGACCAAAGCUGGACUUGGGCUUUAAGGAAGGGCAGACCAUCACACUCAACAUAGGGCAAGGGAAAAAGAGGGAUAAGCCCCGCCCACAAGGAUCGGGUGGAUUUGGACUUCUCCCACCACCACCUGGAGGCAAGAUAGCCCCUCCUCCUUCAUCAGGGUUAUCGAAUCACAACAUCGUCCCACAGAUGGGAAGCACAGCGACAGGCUGCCUGCUGGAGCUGGACAGCAGUAACUCCAACACAGUGGUUCAGUCAAACACUAGUUCAGAUCUUCUUUGGGGAGAAUUUUCUGCUCCUGCAAGCUCUGCUCCGCCUCCGUCUCGACCACAAAACACCACAAACUGGAUCCAGUUUUGAGUCGUCGACCGUCGACCGUGACCUGCAUCUCACCUGCAUCUGUGUCCGUAGCUUCCUGUGCAUCACACCGAGUGUAACUCCCACACACUGAACCCAAAGCAGAGACGUGACACACCCACAGAGCUGUAGAAUCACUUCACUCAGAGAGAGCGAAGCAUUAAAGCGUUAAAGCCAUCACUCUAUACGAGCCAUCUCAAUGAUAUUUAAGGGCUAUGCGUGACGUCCCGAGUAGCAGGUGUUCCUCUUUCAUGUGUCUGCAUCUCCUCCCCAGUAGGUGGCUCCUACUGCGAGCAGAGCUUCAUUUUUGAUCUGGAAUGUUUUAGUCCCUGAAACGCCCCCUGCAGGCACUGCAGAGCACUACAUCAACACACCUUUGCUUUCUGCAUCCUGCUGUGCAUCACAUGUAAAGAGCGACACAGAGCAAAGAUUAAGUGAAGGCUGCAGGAGACAAAUUAAAAAAAGAAAAUA